AUGGAAGUCGUUCAAACAACCCCAGAAGGCGACCGAUUUUUUAGGCUACCAGAAGUUUACGUGAGGGGCAACAAUAUAAAGUACCUUAGAGUUCCAGAAGAGAUCCUUGAAAUCGUCAGAGAACAGCAACAAAACCAACCUUCAAAUCGUGGCGGACGUGGUGGACGAGGCGAUGGUAAAGACAGAGGUCGGGGCGGCCGAGGCGGCCGUGGUCGUGGUCGUGGACGUGGUGGUUGA